AUGACUUCCUCAGACCGAAGUGAGACCCCGGACUCGGACGGUGACCGAAAGCCUGGGGACCGAGAUGACUCGGGCCAGCCGCCCGCCCGCAAACGGCAGCGUGUCCGCCUCAGCUGUCUAGAGUGCCGUCGCCGAAAGCUGUCGUGUGACCGAGGCUUUCCGUGUGAGCGUUGCAUCAAGAGCGGCACGCCCGAUCGCUGUAGCUACGAAUCCCGUAACGGAGAGGUCGUGAAUGCCUCAUCCGGAGUCCCGCCCCCCUUCGCUCAGCUCGACUCCCGCCGCUUCGUCGAUCCCGCUACGGGACUGUCCCCACGAGACCCCGAAUUUAUACGCCAAGAUCAUGAUCGCAUACGUCGCUUAGAGCUUGAGAUAGCUCACCUAAAGAGCCAAAUAACUCGACCUGGCGCAUCUUUCGACGGAAGCACUGUCGCUGGCACUACUACCUCUCCCCAGAACAAAGAUGACCCCAAUGCGAACGCCAAUGUCGAGGACCCUUCGGUCCGCGAAGUACACGAGUCUAUCGAAGCUACCAAUAUGUCCGGCGAGAAGGGCGAACUUCGAUUCUUCCGAGGCAGGGGUUUCCGCACGCGAUAUUUUGGUCCGCACAAUGCUAGUAUGGCUUUCGUUGAGCUGACCGGCCUAUGCCCGUUCAUGAAGGAGACAGCCGACGAAUGGCUUCGCCCAGUCAUUCUUCAUGACCGUAAAGACCGAAAGAGAAGGCGCGAGGAUCGCGAGAAAAUCUUCGAGGAUCCGGAUCUAGAGCUCGAGGCGUUGUUGCCAAGUAAAGAAGAGUCCGAUGCUCUUAUUGACGUCUAUCUGGAUCAAUUCGAACAAGUUCAUCGAAUUGUUCACAUUCCCACUUUCAGAAGAGAAUAUGCCGAGUACUGGGCACCUGGAUCUAACAAACGCUAUGCCGCUUUUACAGCGCUCAUUCUUUCCAUGAUGGCUGUAGCAAGCUGUGUCCACACUCAUGAGAGUUUAAAGUUCAUCGGCAUGAUGUCAAAUGCACGUCACUGGGCAGAACGUUGGAUUAAAGCGUGUGAUGAAUGGUCAUCGAAGCAGAGUCAAAAACAUCGACGUUUAAUUCAUUAUCAGGUAGCUUGCUUACUGUAUCUUGGUAAACGGGUCAACACUAUCAAGAAGAAGCGUUUCUGGACGGGUUCUGGGGCAUUGAUCCAAGAUGGAAUUGCCGUCGGCUUACACCGUGAGCCAAGUCACAUGGCGGCCAAGAUCACAGUCUUCCAUCAAGAAAUGCGCCGAAGAAUUUGGGCAACAGUGCAGGAGUUUGAUAUGCAGGCCUCCUUUGACCACUGUCUUCCUACACUCGUGAGCCAGCUUCACUACGACACCAAUGCACCUCGAAACUUGGAUGAUGACGAUUUCGAUGAAAGCACAACUGUGCUUCCGCCAUCAAAGCCUGUCAAGGAUUAUACGUUCUCCUCAUUUCAGCAUUUGGCUCGUCAAAGUCUACCUCUACGACUGGAACUCAGCCGUCUUUUGACGGGUCCAAUGUCCGAGAUAGACUAUGACCAAGUUAUCCGGUACACCAACGACUUGACACAUGAGAUCGAUGCUCUUCCCUCUUGGGACACGAACGCGGACAACACCAGGGGGAAGAAAAAUCCCUUGAUCGCAUACACUCUGCUGCAUGUUCAGUUAAGGCAAUAUAUCAUCCCCUUGCAUCAACCCUACCUCAAGCUUCGCAAGCAAAACUCGAAAUACCAGUACUCCGAGAUCAUAUACUAUAAUGCAGCACGAGAUAUCGUUUUAUUGCAUGAUAAACUGUAUGAGCAGGGCGUUCGCAGUCUCAACUUCCUCCGAGAAGAUGCCCUUACUACAGCUAUCAACCUUUGCAGCGUUACAAUGUUACAGCCGAGGGGUUCCACCAACAUGAUUAUGAUUAAUUCACAUCAUACAUUAAAGUUGAUUGAGAAGUGCAUCGCCAUGAAGGAGGAUCGUCUUCUGCGGUGUGGAAAUAAUGAGCCAUGGGGAUAUUCUAUUAUGUGUGCAGCACUGGGAUUACUCGAGGCCCACCUGGGAACCAAGGAGCCCGAAGUCGCCAAGUCGACAUCAGCAGAGCGAUUUGUCAACUUGCACUAUCGUCUCCUUGCUAACCAGGAACCUCCUGUGUCCGGGGAACAUCUGGCAGCUGCCAUGAAUGGCGUGCCACAAGGCAACAUGGGACCUGGGCCUACGCCCAACAUACCGCUGCACGACCGGCCAAAGGUAAUGAAGCUCGACUUCCAAGGCAGGGCAUUUCCUAAUAUUGGUAUCCAGUCGGUGACCCCUUUCUCGUUUACGCCAACGAUGCCCGUCGCCGCUCCGAUCGAUCCGACCCAGGCUCCGUGGAUGAUGGGAGGGGAUCCCACUCAGCCCUUCAACCUGGAUCCAAGUCUGGAGUUGUUGGGAAUCAACCUGAACGAGAUUUGGGGCGAGUCCUGGGAAUUGGGCUGA